GCAUUGGAAAUUAUUCACAGCUCUAAAUAUUGGAGUUUGCUGUCAUUAUCAUCUGAAAUGCUCAUCAAGAUAUUACUCAUCUGUGCUGGCAUAAUGCACGCAUGUAACGCUUCAUCCUGUAGACGUUGCAAACAGAAAAAGUGCAAGAAGCUAACCGAAUGUAUGGGAUCGAUCAUAAAAGAUAACUGCAGAUGUUGCGACGUUUGUGCCAAACAAGAAGGUGAACUUUGUGGUGGAUUAUGGAACUUACAAGGUGCUUGCGAUAGCCACAUGAAGUGCCACAAGGAAAAACCUGAGACCAUCACAACGGAAGAUGGGAAGAUAAUGCCAUUGUAUGAUCCGUGGUAUUUUCAGAAGCCUGGUAUUUGCAGAAAAACUAUAUCGUAGUAUGGCAACAAUUCACGCAGAAUAUCGCGGGAAACGGAAAUCUGACCGGAAACUGCAUUUCAUGAGAAAAAAAUUCAAUCUACUAACCAGUUGGAAUAAAUAAUAAAUAUUGUAAUA